AUGAUGAAAACUGCAAUAGUUAUACUCUUGGUUGUGUGCUCCAUCGAGGCUAAAAAGAAGUCACCUAAAGUGAAAAUAAUAAACGGAGAGGAGGACAACAGUAAGCAGGAUUGUGCUAUGGUCUGUUCGGGUUCAACAGGGCGUACUACGACAGUGUUCCAGGAUUUUUCUGAUGGAAAGAACGUGUUUGUUGAUGUUGACAUGAGCGAGUGUGGAUUUACUAAAAUUCCUAAUGUGGUGACCUCUGUGGAAGGAACCUCCCAUCACUGGAUGGUUCAUGGAGCAUCAAGCGUUUACGGUACAACCUCAACCGGUUUCCGAGUCUACCUCAACAACAAUGAUGCCGGAUUGGAUAAGAGCCAGUUGGAUGACAAUUUGUGGAAUAUCGAGUGGGUGGCUGUUGGGUUCACUUGUUAAGAAAGGACGAUACAAUAAAAACCGAUUUGAAUCUGAACAGUUUGAGGAUAAGAUCGAUUUGUUCACGUGCAUGAAAAAAAAACUAUUCCUCAGAGACCU